AGUUAAGACAAGGAUUUCUAAACAUCAAUUUUAACGAUAUUAUAAAGUGACUAGGUACGCUUUUUCUCUAGGUAUAUGAGUUAAGUUGUUAAGUCAUCGGCUAUACUACAUCCUGUGUGCGAAGCCUAAUAAUGAAUAAAAAGCAAUGACGGGCAUUUCAGCGUCCGACAAACAAGUUACCUAAUAAUUCCUUAGUUGUUAAAAAAAAUAAUGGCUAAAUUGGAAGCCAAAAAAGUGCCUUACAUUCCAGUGUAUACAAGUGAGCAAGAGGCGUUAAUAAACGGCGAAUUUCUGCGUUUCAAAGAUGAGGUUUACUUGGAACAUGCCGGGGCAACUUUGUAUUCAGAAAAGCAACUGGCGAACGUAUUUUCUGAUCUCACCCUCAACACGUAUGGUAACCCCCACGCCAGGAACACAUCGAGCAAGCUUUGCGAGGACCAAAUAGAUCAGAUGCGUUUUCGGAUAUUGGAACAUUUCAACACAAAUUCGGACGAGUACAGCUUGAUAUUUACCUCAGGGGCGACUGCUUCUCUUAAGCUAGUAGCUGAACAUUUUACAUUUGAUGACGACGGCAUUUUUGCGUACUUAAGUGACAAUCACACAUCGGUGUUGGGUAUGCGUGAGUUUGCCCCCAAUAGUACGGCACUGACACCUAAUGAGGCAAUGGAAGCAUUUUCGAUCAAUAACAAAUAUAAUGAAGAGGGAAAUGCGAGCUCGCUCUUUGUCUAUCCAGGGCAGUGCAAUUUUUCAGGAAAGAAAUACCCACUGUCUUGGAUACGCGAGGUGCAAAGAGGUGCCCUGGCCUGGAUGAAACCUACUAAGUGGUACUGCAUGCUCGAUGCUGCCGCGUUAGUGUCCACGAAUGUUCUGGACCUAUCGAAAUAUAAACCGGAUUUUGUAUGCGUAUCGUUUUACAAAAUAUUCGGAUACCCGAGUGGUUUGGGUGCACUUUUAGUAAAAAAUUCUUCAGCUCAUGUACUGAAGAAGAAGUAUUUCGGCGGCGGAACUGUUUUAAUGGCUCUAAGUUUGGAACAAAAGCAUGUUUUGAGGAAUCAACUGCAUGAGCGUUUUGAGGAUGGAACUGUACCAUUUUUAUCCAUAAUGGCUUUAAAGCAUGGCUUUGACACCCUGCAAAGAUUAUCGGUAACGAUGCGCGUUAUUUCGCACCACACCUUCGCCCUGGCACGCUAUGUUUAUGACAGUUUGAAGCAGAUGCGUCAUAAUAAUGGCGAACCUGUUGCAGUAUUGUACCAUGAUAGUGACUUUCAUAGUAUUGAUUCUCAAGGUGGCAUCGUAAAUUUUAAUUUAUUAAGGGACACCGGACAAUACGUGGGAUAUGCCGAGGUUCUCCACAUCGCGAAUUUGUUCAAAAUUCAUUUGCGUACCGGCUGCUUUUGUAAUCCAGGUGCUUGCCAACGGCACUUAAAAUUAACAACGGAAGAUGUAAAAUACCACUUUCAGUCCGGUCACGUUUGUGGAGACCAAAACGAUCUCGUUGAUGGUUACCCGACGGGAUCAGUACGUAUAUCUUUCGGGUACAUGUCUAGUAAACGAGACGCGAACGCAUUUCUAGAAAUGAUCACAGAAUGCUUUGUCACAGCACCUUCGAAUCCACAGGUGUCUACUCAACGACUUUCUCGGGUAAGCGAUUCCUGUAGAAAAUGGCACGGAGUAUUAGAUCGUAUUUAUUUAUAUCCCGUCAAAUCUUGUGGAGCGUUUCAGGUCAAGGAUAGUUGGCAAAUUGUAAAUACAGGGCUUAAGUACGAUCGAGAGUGGAUGAUCGUGAACGCCGUCGGAGUUUGCAUCACCCAAAAGCAAGACGCUCGUUUAUGCAUGAUAAAUCCCAUUAUUAACUUGGAAAUGGAUACUCUGGAGCUGCAUUAUGAUGGAUUUGAAAAAAUCACUCUUCCCUUAAACGUGACGCGACAUAAUCGGGUUUCGUCUCUUAAAUGUCAAAGUAAAGUGUGCGGAGACAGAGUCUUAGGUUGGGAUUGUGGAAAAAAAGUCGCAAAUUGGCUUAGUGAGGUUCUAGGGUAUGAAGGUUUGCGAUUACUAAAACAAUGUAGCGAUAACAACGAAAUAGGCAGAAGCGCAGAUGAUGGCCAAACGUCGUUAUCUCUGGCAAAUCAAGGGCAAUUUUUGCUCAUUAAUAGAGCAAGUGUUGAUUGGUUGGCGGAUUGUAUACGUACUGAUUACCUCAAUACGGAUAAUCUAUUGAUGAGAUUUCGACCAAAUUUGGUCGUUUUGCUUCCGGAGCCCCUAGUAGAGAGAAAUUGCAAGAAGAUAAAAGUCGGGAAACUGAAUUUAAACUUUGGUGGACACUGUACCAGAUGUCAAAUGGUUUGUAUUGAUCAGGCAAGUGGGGAAAAGUCACCAGAACCCUUGAAGACCCUGUCGAAGAUGUUCGGGGGAAAAAUUAUGUUCGGAAUUUAUUUAAGCAGUUUAGAAUCUAGUCGGGUCACCAUGACUAUAAAUGACCGUGUUGAAAUUCUAGCUAACGAAGAAUACAAUUAAUCGUGAAAGAAAUGAUGAUUAUUACACAUUCAAUGAUUACACAUAUGUAUCAUAACUUUGACGCGCACUUACAAUCGUCAAAUCCUCUAAUCUAAUUAUCAGUUUUGGUGGGUACUAUAUGUAUGUACCUCAAAACCAUCACGGCGUGUUAGUUGUUGGUAUGUGAUACUUAAGUUCAGCUAGCGUUUGUGUUAGCCGCACAUACAGAUGUCCUCCACGAGCCCAAUGUUAUGCAGGUGAUAGUUGAGCACCCAGUACCCCGUAAUGCUGUAUCGUGACAUCGAUAAAAUAUGCAAGAUGACCAUGGGCAAAAAUUACGUACAAAAAAAGAACGGUUUAUUAGGAACAUUAAUAGUUAUAUUCUUGCGGAUACAACUUCAUCGUAUUGCCAACUUAAAUCUAGUUGCAACUUAAAACUACUAACAAUUCAAUAUAAGUACUACACGUAAGGAGACCGGUGAUCUUCCUAAUCUGGCUUCUAUUCAGUUUUAGAAGUUUAGAAGACUCCAAUUUGCCAAGGCGCCCUGCUAAAACUUGUUACUUGUUGCCACUGAGCCUGGAAUUGACUGGUCACCCAGUCUUUAAUCCUGUCCCUAACAACGGAGGGAGCAAUCCCUAGGGUAGGCUCGGGCCCGAUGAAUACCCCCACCACUGCCUUCACGAGCCAACUCGUUCGCCAUUUCGUUGCCCCCUAUUCCGCAGUGUGCUGGCACCCAGAUCAAUCAAGCUUACCCUCGAGCUUACCCUAUUAGAUCCACAUAAUCUGUCAAGAGUUCGCCUGCAAUCAAGCGCCGUAGCUGAUCGGAACCUGUCUGCUAACAGGGCCCUCAGCGCCGCCUGACUAUGACUGCAUUUGUAAAUAUGCUCGUAAAUAUGCUUAUUACGGUAACCUCUUGCAAUAAUGAUAUGUAAGCGUGCUGAUUAAUAAAAUGGACAAAUUACAAUUGUAGAUUAAUUAAUAUAUAAUCUUGAAUAUCCAACACAACAAUAGGCAAUGCCAAAAUUUGGGUUUGAUAGAUUCACAAUUCUCCCCCCCCCCCCCCCCCGAGUAUACGGGUUAUACUGUAGAUUUAAAUUUAGAAGGCGGUAAGGCUUUGACAUCCAUUGGAAGGCAGUUGAAUAGUGCUUGCGCCUGAUAGAUGGAUCCCUUUUGAGAGAGUGAAAGUCCGCAAUAACGGAUUUGAAGAUUACGGAAGUGCCUUGUAUAUUAUUAUAAGAACUAACACUUGUAUUCAUUAUUCACUUCGAUAACGUUCCAUUGUGUUUGAGUUAGGUACGAGUACAUGUUUUAAUUGGGAAAAUUCCUAAGCAGUUUAUUUUUUGUAUUUACGGGUUAACCUUUAGUCUGGAGUAAAGCAAGUCCUACUUAAUCUAUCAUCUUUAAACUUAUUUUUGGAAAACUUACAACAUAGGUUACGAUAUAGCGAUAAACUUAGUUGUCGUGAGAUGACAUUGAUGCUUCUACUGCACUUAACAAAAACAAUCGUAUUUUCGCCGGACAAAAAUGUGACACGAUGAGCAAGGUGGAGAAACACAUAAAACGAGGUGCAUUACUGAUCGACGACGUUAAAGGUGUUCUUAACGCUUACAAAAAUAUUAUCAAAUGGAAAGACGGUUGCAAAGUGCUAGAUUUUGGAUGUGGGACAGGUAUCAUCACCAAAAACCUUCUCCUUCCCAGUUUACCAGAAUCAACACAACUGGUGGUUGGCGUUGAUAGAAGGUCCAAACUAAUAUACAACGCAAAUAAACACAACCCACCGGGAUCAAUUCUUACAUUUCGUGUAGGAGAUAUUUUAGACCACCCUGAUAUACGAGAUUUUGAUUACGUUGUUUCAUUCGAUUAUCUCCACCAAGUUUCAGAUCACAAGAGUGUACUGGCGAAUGUGAAGAAAGUGCUAAAACACCACGGUGAGGUGUUCUUUCAUUUUUCGGCGGCCACCAACCUGUUUAAUAUUUGCAACUUAAUGAGUCAAGACGAAAAGUGGAGAAUGUACUUGAAAAAUUUUCAGACACGUUCAAGCCCUUAUGAAAAUUCCAUUGAUAUUAAAAAGGACAUUGAGAUCCUGUUCAAACAUUUGGGUUUCCAAGUAUACACUUGCAGCGUCCACGAAAAGUUACACAAAUUACCCCUCUUUGAAGCGAUACCUGUUGCAAUUUCGCGUUGCGGUCUCGCAAUACCAAAACACCUUAUUGAUGAUUUCGCAAAGGAUUUUCUUAAUUAUAUGAUCAAGUUUAACUAUAAUGAGGUUGACGAGCAUAAUAUGGAGUACAUGAUUUUUAGUUGUCAAAUAGCUGUAGUGUAUGGUAAAAAAACUGCACAAGAUGAAUGAACAUUACAGUAAAUCCUGUAAUUGUA